AUGUCGUUGAUUCGCAUAACAAAAACAAUAAAUAGUUCAAUAUUUUUGUUUUCCGUUCGAGUCAUCCAUUUUCUGCCACUGUCCUUGAAGGUUUUCCCUCCACAAAACGAUCUGAAACAUAAGACGUGGACUCUGCACUGCGCACUCCCUCCCAAUACAGUCAACAUACUCGAACUCUUUUUGGCGCAUUUCUUAAACUGGUACCCUUAUAUCGCAGGGGGUCAAAAAUUGAUUUUAAUCUUGAACCUCAUAUCCGUCCCCCUAACUGCUGAAUUUCACAAUCGGGUAACUUUUCAAAUAAUCUAA